AAUCAGUUGGCUUAAUUUCCAUUAAGAUUACAUUAGUUAUAAGCUUGAAAGAAAUUGGUUUCUCUGGCAGGUUCUAGCAAUGAAAUCGUAUGAACACGAUGGAGUUGAUUUAGAAGAUGGGAAGACAGGGAAAUCCGGAGAUAAGCCAAUUCAAAGAAAGAUACAUAAUCGGGCUUUGUUAUCGGGUUUAGCUUAUUGCAUUUCAUCAUGUAGUAUGAUACUUGUGAACAAGUUUGUCCUUUCCAGCUACAACUUCAAUGCUGGGAUAUUUUUGAUGUUAUACCAGAACUUUGUCUCAGUGAUUAUUGUGGUGGGUUUGAGCUUAAUGGGUCUAAUAACAACGGAACCACUGACUUUGAGGUUGAUGAAGGUCUGGUUUCCAGUGAACGUGAUAUUUGUUGGUAUGCUUAUCACAAGCAUGUUUAGUUUGAAAUACAUCAAUGUAGCAAUGGUCACUGUCCUGAAGAAUGUCACUAAUGUGAUAACUGCAGUUGGUGAGAUGUAUCUAUUCAACAAGCAACAUGACAACAGAGUGUGGGCUGCUCUCUUCUUAAUGAUUAUUUCCGCAGUUUCUGGAGGGAUAACAGACCUAUCAUUCAAUGCUGUUGGCUAUGCUUGGCAGAUUGCUAAUUGCUUCUUAACUGCAUCGUACUCUCUGACUUUGAGAAAGACCAUGGAUACGGCCAAGCAGGUUACUCAAUCUGGAAACUUGAACGAGUUCUCCAUGGUCUUGCUUAAUAACACACUUUCAUUACCACUUGGGCUUCUUCUUUCUUUUUCCUUCAAUGAGAUGGAUUAUCUGUAUCAAACGCCACUUCUGCGAUUGCCAAGUUUCUGGAUGGUCAUGACACUUAGUGGACUUUUGGGGCUUGCCAUUAGCUUCACUUCAAUGUGGUUUCUUCAUCAAACUGGAGCAACAACAUACAGCCUGGUGGGAUCGCUAAACAAGAUACCUCUAUCCAUCGCGGGGAUCGUUCUGUUCAAUGUACCGACCAGUUUGCAGAACUCAGCAAGCAUACUCUUUGGUCUUGUGGCUGGAGUUGUAUUUGCCAGAGCCAAAAUGAGGGAGAAGUCCUAAAACCCCCUUAACGAUUCCAACACUUUUUCCUUCAUCAAUCAGUAUAGGACAUGGCAAAAUAUGAUUAAAGCAGAGCAAUGAGUUUAUAACCUCAGAAUUCUAUUCAAAGUAUGUGUUUCUUGUAGAAGCAUUCGCCACUCUACUUGUAGAAUUUUAGUAAAAUAUUAAUGAAUGUAUCGAUUCUUGAGUGUGAAGAGAAGUGCUGGUUUGUGUUUCUUCAUUCGAACUUUGUGCCGCUUUCUAAGAAAUUAUUGACCAAACU